AUGGACAUCCCCAUCAGCACCAGAGAUUUCCACUGCCUGCAGCUGGCCUGUGUGGCCCUCGGCCUGGUGGCCGGUAGCAUCAUCAUCGGUGUCUCCGUGUCCAAGGCUGCUGCUGCUGUGGGUGGUAUCUUUCUUGGUGCCGCUGGGCUUGGGCUCCUCAUGUUCGCCUACCCAUUUCUGAAGGCUCGGUUCAACCUGGACCACAUCCUACCUGCACUAGGAAACCUGCGAAUCCAUCCUAACUCGGGACCAGACCAUGGGGAGGGAAGGUCUAGCAACAGCAGCAAUAAGGAAGGAGCCCGGAGCAGCCUGUCCACUGUGACCAGAACCCUGGAGAAGCUGAAGCCUGGAGGCCGGGGAACGGAGGAGAGCUAAGGCGCUGCCUCCUGUCCCACCCUCCCCUCUCCCGGUACUCACUCCUAUCUCAGGGCCCUCCUUCAAGCUAGAAGAUCCAGAAUUGAUCCAUGGGGAUACUAGAUGUACCUUCUCUUCCAGUGAGGCUCCUCAUAGCAGAUCCCCUCACUCCUGGCAUCGUUGCAAGACCCACAGGACCCCACUGGCUUCAGUCCCUCCCCAGGGCUCAUCGCUCUGGACAACAGCUCAACUUUGUUCCUUUGUUGAUCUCUUGGUGGAAUUUGGUCCAGGGUCCUGACUACAGCCAGAGAUGGUUGUUUUAUCCUGGCCAUAGACGCUGACCACAGGAACCACAGACAGGGCUCCUAGCUGAGACUGUCAUGUCUAUGUCAGGAGCACAGGUGACCACGGACGAGGUGGCUUUCCAGCUAAGCCCAAUGCCGACACCGAUGCUAUUGUACUUCUCUCGGGGCUUUGAAGCACCUGGCUCCAGACAGGCCCCCAGCAUCCUCUAUUCUCCCCACUUCUCUUUGCAAGGAGAGGACUCCUUGCUGCCUCUAAAAGGCCAGCUCAUGACCCCAUAGUCACAUGUCCCCUUGUCCUAAUCUAGAGGACUAUGUCUCCUUCUCUCGUGGAACCUCCAGGAAGGCCUGAAUUCUUUUUCACAAAAACGA